AUGAUAAAUGACCAAGCUAAAAACUUACUAAUGAUAAAUAAUGAGGAAUAAUUCAAAUAAUUUACUCGAUAGACUUUAAUUUAGGAUAAAUUUUCAGAGUUUUAAUAUAAUAAAUAGAUAGCAGAGCUUUCAAAUGACAGAAACGAAAAUGUAACACCUAUUAAUUAAAAUACUAAUUGCUUUUCAAAAAAUACUCUUGAAAAUAGAAUUAUAAAAAUUUUGAAAUAAUACAUUUUAAACAAGAUAAAAUUAGAUUCACAAAACAAAGUAAAAAAAAAUCAUUACGAUUAAAAUAGAUUUAACAGUAAAUCAUAACAAAACUAUUCAGUUAACAAUAAUUAAACAAAAGACUUAGAUUUUUUUUAAGACUUAUGUCACGGAAAUUAUAAAAAAAAUGAUGAAUCAGAAGAGAUGAAGUUGUAAAUAAAAAUACAAGCAUAUUAGCAUUAAACAGAUUAUUUUUGUUGUCUUGUAAUCGAAGAAGAAACAUUACAGCAUAAAAUUAAAUCUCUUGAAAUCCUAAAUAAGUCACAUUUAAACAGCUUUUUUAGCUUCUUCAUUUAAACGGGUAGAAAAUUAGAAGACAUUCUUAUUAACAUUAAAAAUGAGUAAUUUGUUAAGGCUGUAAUUGCUUAGUGCUUUAAUGGCAUGAACAAUUUCAAGGACUAUGCCUAUAUUUAAAAAAAUUAAUUCAAAUUAAAUAUUGAAAAGUUAUAGGUGUAGUAAAUAUAACUUGAAGAAUUUAAAAAUCAAAUCUUAUAAAAAUUUAAUAACUAUUAUAAAUAAAUUGAAAUUAAAAUUUAAUUCAUAGGAUGCAAUUCUACUGAAGUAAUUACCACUUAUGUUGAUAAGUUUUAGCAAUUGAUAACUAACUUACUUGAAAAUUCAAUUUAAUCUUAACUAUAACCAUUCACUUAUACUAAUACUUAAUUAAAAAAUCAUAUUAGACAUACUUAGAAAAGCAGAUAAUUUACAGUAAAUUCUUUGUUAUUCAAAGAUAAUAUAAAUAAAUCUAAUUAAGAAACUAGUUUGAUAAAAAUAGACUCAAGUUCAAAGCAGAAUCUUAAUUUUGUGUAUUAUGAGAAAAGAUUUAGCAAUUAAAAAGAAAUUUUAGAUAAGUAAAAUCAUAAAUGCAUUGAGUUACAAAAAAUCGAGUAAGAUAAUUUUGAUACAAGUGUUUAAAAUAAAUAAAUUAUCUUGUCAAUUGAACUGCUAAAGGGCGAAUCUAAAUUAUUUAAUAUAUUCAAGGUAUCGGUACAUGAUAACCGAAUAGGUAUUACUUAAGAAAAAUUGCUAGAAAUUUUAGAUGCAUUAGGAAUCUAAAAUACUGGUUCUAAUUUACAUUAAAAAAGCUUUAAUUUUCUUGAAUGGAAAAUAAAUUAUCAUAUCAUUGGAAAUAUAGGGCCUUUUUACAAUUUUUAUGUAUAAAAUACUCUGAAUAAUGGAUAUGAAUAUCAUUUUUAUAUGUAUUAAGAUAUUAGUAUACUAAAUAAUAGUGCUUUAUAAGAAUAAAGAUAAUUUUAAAACAACCAAUUUACUGAAAGUUUAAACAAAUCUAAUGAGUAAUUCUUUCACUUAAAUAAUAUAAAUAAAUUGUAUAAUGAAAUUUGUUAAUAAAAUAACCAUUUUAAUGAGGAAUCUCUUUAAAAAUUUAAUGCUAGUCCUUUUCUUAACUUUAAUAAUUAAUUUUCAUUAAGCAAAUGCUUGGGAAAGUGCAAUGAAUUUAAUAAUAAUACUGAAACUUAGUUAGAUUAAGACGAAUCAACUUCAGCAUUUUCCAGAAAAAAUACCUUACAAUAAUUUGUUACUCAUUAUAAAGAUUUUAGCUAUCCUUAUUCUAAAAAACUUAUUUCUGAUAUAAAUAAAAACUGA